CAGACAGAGCAGAAUAGAUCUACAAACAGAAUGGCCAGAACCUUCCUACAAGCUCUACUGCUCUAUGGAUUGACUUUGGUCUCUGUGUUGGUUUCUCAGUCUCAGACUAUGAUGGUCCGUACUGGGGAUACCAUCACCUUGCAGUGCUCCAAUGUUACAACGGUUGUGGGACAUACAGCCUGGUUCAAGCAAGUCAACGGAUCAGAGCCUGUGUGUAUCUCGUCUAUGUACGGCUUUAAUUCAACACCCGAUCUCCACAAUGGUUUUCAAAGGAGCCAUUUUGAAAUGUUCAGCAACCACACCACUAUCUUUCUGAAAAUCACAAAAGUGGAAAUAGCUGACUGUGGCCUGUAUUUCUGUGGAUUSYAUCCACAWAGCCACAUGUUCUUUGUCAAUGCAACAGUUCUAAAAAUUAAAGGAGAGUGUAAUGGAACAAUCAAUCCAGUAGGAGAGGGUGAUGACAUAUACCUAGGAGAGGAUGAUGAUGGAACCAUGUACCUCCUUCCCCUGGUUGUGAUCCUGGGUGUUGUGACUGCUGUUCUACUGAUAAUCAUCAUCAUCCUGGUCCUCAAGAUCAGACGAGACUCAAAAACACACAACACAGAUAUCGGGGCUCAACUGCAGCCACAAAAUAGCCAGGAUCCGGAUCAGGACCCAGACUCUCUGAACUACGCAGCACUGAGUUUCCGUCAGAAGAGGUCCAGAAAUAAGAAGACACCUAAAGGUCAAAUGAUGGAGAUGGAGUCGAAUGUUGUUUAUGCUGCCACAAGAUAAUGUCAAAUGUUUUAAUGUUGAUAUCAGUGUAGCACUGAUGAAGAACGAAUAUAAUCUUUAGAAUACUUUUUUCCCUUGUAAUAUAGAAUUUACUGAUUGUUGUUGUGGUGCUCUGUACCCCAAUAGAGCUCGCCAGCUUUWAGUCCUAAAAAACAGAAAUGAGUUAGCCAUGGCUCGUUGGUCAAAGCCUAUGGGGAAAUGAAUGGGGGUUUUGGAGAGUUUUUGGAUAAACAACGACAAUAAGGUCUGAGGUUAACACAGGCUUAGGAGAUCUUAUAUGUUUUGUUCAGUCAGUUAACAUGACCUUUAUGAAUUAUGAAGCCUUUAUGUGCUUUUUUGGUUACAUAAAUGCUUCAAAAUUCUUAAAGUGACGUAARCUAAUGAAGAUGAUCUCACAGAACAAAACRUAUAAGAUUUCCUAAACCUGUGUUAACCACAGACCUUAUUUGCAGCGUUUAUCCCAAAAAACUUACCAAACCCCAUUAAUUUCCCCAUAAACUUUGACCAACGAUCCACGGUGGAGUUAGCCUCCGUUAGUGACUACAAAAAAGACGCCAUUAAUAUUGCUCUCUAUUCCAAGUACUCAAAAAUCCUCUUGAGACAGCAGCUAUGGUUGGGGCUAGUGGUGCUGCUACCGUGUUGGGGUGCUGCCAUGUUGGGUAUCGCUACCGUGUUGUCGUCAUGUUGUGUUGCUACCACGCUGUGUUGUUGUCUUAAGUCUAUCUUUAUGUAGUGUUGUGGUGGMUCU